UCUUUCCUUUUCAAGCUAGCAUUUGGAGCUGGCCAAUGUACAGGAGGCAAGGUACGAGACCAGACCCCGACUACUGCUUUGGUGUGAUCUGUCACAAUGGAGGAACUUGCGUUUUAGACAUCCAUGGGUAUAGCUGCCAAUGUUUGACUGGCUACACAGGGCAUGACUGUGAAAUCACACCCACAGUCUGCUCUGGUUGGCCCUGUCGAAAUGGCGGAACUUGCUUUGUUGAGGAAAACGACGACAAACCCUUCAGCUGUAAGUGUGCUCCUGGCUAUGUUGGAAAAGACUGUGAAAUAGACUACGACGAGUGUCAUAAUAAUCCCUGUCAAAAUGGCGGAACUUGCCGGGACGGCGUCAACAGCUAUACAUGUAACUGUGUUCCUGGCUAUACAGGAAAAAGCUGUGAAACAUCAACAGACUUCUGUUCUUGGGCGUACUGUUUAAAUGGCGGAAGUUGCGUGGAAGGAGCCUGUGAAUGUCUUUCUGGCUAUACAGGGUAUUACUGUGGAUGUGAACCAUUUGUCUGUAUUCGUGUCGGGCUGCCCUGUAAAAAUGACGGAAUUUGUUAUGCCGCGACUGAAGAUGACAACAGAGACUAUAGAUGCAAAUGUGCUCCUGGCUAUGUUGGAGAAAACUGUGAAACAGACUUCGACGAGUGUCAUAAUAAUCCCUGUCAAAAUGACGGAACUUGCCGGGACCGCGUCAAUGACUUUUCCUGUAUAUGCGCUCCUGGCUAUACAGGAAAACGCUGUGAAACAGACGUCGACGAGUGUGAAAGUACGCCCUGUCAAAAUGGAGGAACUUGCGAGGACGAAGUCAACACCUAUAGCUGUACAUGUGAUUAUGGCUAUACAGGGGAUAACUGUGAAAUUGAACCAGCAGUCUGUGAAGUUGUGACCUGUGAAAAUGACGGAUUCUGCGUGGAAGAGGGUGACGACUAUAAAUGUAUUAAUUGUAAGUCUGGCUAUGAAGGACAACGCUGUGAAAAAAACAUCGACGACUGUUCUGGUGUAGACUGUAAAAAUGGCGGAACUUGUGAGGACGAAGUCAACAGCUAUAGGUGUAAUUGUGUUCCUGGCUAUAAAGGAGAUCACUGUGACACAAACAUCAACGAGUGUGAAAGUACGCCUUGUCAAAAUUUCGGAACUUGCGAGGACGGCGUCAACAGUUAUAGGUGUAAUUGUUACCCUGGCUUCCAAGGAAAACACUGUGAAACACGUUGCAAGUUGGGUGAAGUUGAGUGCUCCACCGAUGACAAUGGCCUGGUGCAUUGUGACGUACAAGCUUGUGGAUGGGAACGUAUAGACGGAAAGUUUAAAUUUAACUUCGUGACGGUUGGCCGAGCAGGUGUUUGGGGAGUGCGUAGUGACAACGAAGUCUUCUACAGAACUGGAACUUACGAGAACGAAGCCUCUGUGGGCACGGACUGGACUAACGUAGUCAACGUCCCUUUCACAUCGAUCUCAUCCGGAAUCGAGGUUGUGUGGGCAGUCCACAAACAUUCUGAUGUCUUUCUCAUAUAUGUAGUAACUACAGAACCAAGGAAGGGGUCUCCUCUCCAAGUUCAUACCCGCGUGAAAACUGCUAAACAGGCCCUAAAGCAGGUGUAUGUCAGCUCGACAAGCAAUCAAAUGUGGGGCAUAGACAACGAAGACCACGCCCAACGACGAACUGGCAUCACCACAGACACUCCAUUCGGAACAGGCUGGGAGACUAUCGAUCUUACAUCUUGGAUUUCGUUUGUUUCGUGGUUUACGGGGAGUUUAUCUUUAAAGACAUUCGUCUCGGUGUCGAUUGGGCGAGCAGGCGUUUGGGCCGUCGGCAGCGACCACAAGGUCUACUACCGCACGGGAACGUUUGAAAACGAGGAUUCCACUGGAACUGGGUGGGAACAUGUCGGCGGUGUCUCCUUGAAACAAAUCUCAUCAGGGAAUGGAGAGGUCUGGGGUGUCGGCACGGACAACAAAAUCCACGUACUAGGCAAGUGUCAUUUUCCAUUUGCGUACGAAGGAGAACUCUACUAUUCCUGUACCAACGUCAGCCAUGACCAUCCCUGGUGUUCUUUAACCGCGGACUACCAGGGCAAAUGGAAAAACUGUGACGAGUGUCAUUUUCCAUUUAAGUACAAAGGAAAAACCUACUAUUCCUGUACCAACGUCGGCCAUAACCGUCCCUGGUGUUCUUUAACCGCGGACUACCAGGGCGAAUGGAAAGACUGUGACGGUAUAACUUCCGAGACACUUCUAGGCAGUGACUGGCAGCCAGUUGAAGGAAGACUGAAACAAGUUUACGUCAGCUCUAGCAGCAACCAAGUAUGGGGUGUGAUGCCAGAUGGUACCGUCUAUCGACGCAUCCGUUAAAGAAUAGAUCGAUCAUGAGCUGGAAGUGAUUCAGGACAUCCAAGACGCGUGAACACUGACGGAUACUGACAGAAGACGGAAACGGGGCUACAGUUGUUCCUUCUCAACCGGCGCUCCCUUAUGUCUUUAAACAUACACUCGGAUUUUGCGUAUGCCAGCGUUGCUUAGCUGCUAACUUCACUCCUGCAGGUUGUAGUUUCCGGCUUUUCAUUGUUUUAUUCUAACCGCCAGUGAUUGAAGACAAUUACAAAAAGAGCAAUCUUUAGGUGUAGGUAUCUUGAUAAACAUUACUUGUUAUAUAUUCAAAAUGACGAUAGUUCACACCAUGAGUCGUCAUGUCAAUGGUAGACGGCACUAGUAGUACAUUUUAAGUGUAUAAUUAAAUUAAAUUAAAUUAAAUUAUUUAACCAAGAUGCAUUCUUGAUUCCCACAAGGCAGGAAAAUAUAACAUAAAAUAGAGAUCAUUGAAAAGUAAGAUUUGUCAUGGGUCAAAAGUAUAGUUAGUGAUUACGAAAUUCUAGUUUAAUGUAGAAACUACAAAUUACAUCCACGGACAAUAUUCAAAUCUAAUCAAGAACGUAUUCAUGCAGGUGCAUCAUAUUCUGUUGUGUUAAGGUUAUAAUAUCUGAUCACUAGAAGUUCUUCUACUUAUUUGUUAAAAACUGAAGUUUUCAAAGCUCUUGAUAUAUUCUAUAUCGUUGUGCAUUAUUUAUAGACUUGCGGCAAUAGAAACGACUGCUUGGCGUUAUUUACUAACUUAAAGAUGAUUAUGAUAUAGUGAUGAGUUGAUCCUUGUAUACUUGUGCAUUAGUAUGACCCUUUCAUCGGUUAUUGAGGGUUUCAUUUCAUCUU